CACAACCACUACGGAUGCAACGGCGCCUCAAAUUUUCAAGCCGAUAAAUCGAAUCUCACAGAAGAACCCGCUUCUGAUUUCAGUACAAGCGGGGACUAGAGAGAGAGAGAGAGAGAGAGAGAGAGAGAGAGAGAGAUCAUGGGAAAAGGAGGAAUGUCUCAGGGCGGCAGUGGGGAAGAUGGAGUUGAAGAGAAUAUGGCUGCUUGGCUUUUGGGUGUCAAUACCCUGAAGAUUCAGCCUUUUCACCUUCCUCCUCUUGGGCCCCAUGAUGUUCGAGUUAAGAUGAAGGCUGUUGGUAUCUGCGGCAGUGAUGUUCACUACCUCAAGACAUUGAGAUGUGCACAUUUUGUCGUCAGAGAGCCAAUGGUCAUCGGGCAUGAAUGCGCUGGGAUUAUCGCAGAAGUUGGAGCUGAAGUUAAGCAUUUGGUGCCUGGGGAUAGGGUUGCGCUGGAGCCUGGAAUUAGUUGCUGGAGAUGUGAUCUCUGCAAAGAUGGCCGCUACAAUCUGUGCCCAGAGAUGAAGUUCUUUGCCACUCCCCCUGUUCAUGGUUCUCUUGCAAAUGAGGUGGUUCAUCCUGCCGACCUGUGUUUUAAACUGCCGGAAAAUGUCAGCUUAGAGGAAGGAGCCAUGUGUGAGCCCUUAAGUGUAGGUGUUCAUGCUUGUCGACGUGCUAACGUUGGUCCAGAAACAAAUGUUUUGGUCAUGGGAGCUGGACCAAUUGGGCUUGUCACUAUGAUGGCUGCCCGGGCAUUUGGUGCACCACGGAUUGUCAUUGUUGAUGUCGAUGACUUUCGAUUAUCUGUUGCAAAGGACCUUGGAGCAGAUGAAGUUAUUAAAGUUUCAAUUGACAUUCAGGAUGUAGAUCAAGAUGUUGCUCAGAUACAAAAAGCCAUGAAAGCUGAGGUAGAUGUGAGCUUGGAUUGUGCUGGCUUUAACAAGACAAUGUCAACAGCUUUAAGUGCCACCCGAGCUGGUGGCAAAGUUUGUCUCGUGGGAAUGGGUCACAAUGAGAUGACUGUUCCACUAACUCCAGCUGCAGCAAGGGAAGUCGACGUGAUCGGUGUGUUUCGUUACAAGAACACAUGGCCUCUGUGCUUGGAGUUUAUAAGAAGUGGUAAGAUCAAUGUGAAGCCGCUUAUAACUCACAGAUUUGGCUUCUCACAGAAGGAGGUGGAAGAUGCCUUUGAAACCAGUGCUUGUGGCGGUAAUGCUAUUAAGGUCAUGUUCAACUUGUGAAUUCUUAAGAGUUUGAAAGAGGGAUAGAAAGUACUGUGCUGUGCAUGUCUUAAAUCAAUUGCCCUCAACAGAGAAUAAUAACAAUAGUAACAAUAAAAUAAAAACUGUGCAUAAAGUGAAUCUUGUAGUUCAUCUAGAACUGAGAUUCUAAGUUACUCGGCUUCUCUUGGUAUCUGUUCAUGUCCUAGUAAUGGUUCUGUCUCAAGUUACUGAGCUUUUCUCCUUGUACCUUAUCUAUGGCUUAUGAAUGUUUAAAAGUAAGUUUCUAUUA